UGUCUUCGAGGAGCAUCCUCACCAAUGACUGAAAAUGGACUGAGACUACAGAUUUUUUUCUAUCUAAGCUAGAGCCUAUGUUGUCUUCAACAUGAAGGGUCCGGUGACCUUUAAGGAGGAGGAGGCAGCAGCUGUGCAUUUCACGGAGGAGGAGUGGGUCUGCUGGAUCUGGGCCAAAGAGCUUCGCACAGGGAAGUCAUGGAGAAGAAUUAUGAGAUUGGAGCCUCUUUUAAACCGGAGCUCAAUUCCUGUUCGGAAGACGGAGAGGAAGAAGGAGAAAGUCUGUUUAUCCAGGUCGCCAAAGAAGAGGAGGAGACCUCAGCAGAACGAGACCUCGCUUCCUGUAAGGAAGAAGGAGAAAGUCUGUUUAUCCAGGUCCCCAAAGAAGAGGAGGAGACCUCAGCAGAACCAGACCUCAUUUCCUGUUGGGAAGAAGGAGAAGAUCCGGUGAUGCAGGAACCCAAAGAAGAGGAGGAGACCUCAGCAGGGCCUGAUGAACUGCAUCCCAGAGUAUUGAAGGAACUUGCGGAUGUACUCUCGGAACCUCUUGCCAUCAUCUUUGAGAAAUCCUGGAGAACGGGAGAGGUGCCGGAGGAUAGGAGACGGGCAAACGUCAUCCCACUCUUUAAAAAGGGACACAUCUGGGGGGUCAAGGCUGAGGAUGAACCAUAUGAAGUAUCACUGGAAAAAGCUGAGGAGCAGGGGCAGGGGCAGAAACUGAGGAGUCAAGAUGGAGCAAAGAGACAAGAGGAGAGACAAACUCACACCGGCGACAAACCUCAUAUAUGCUUGGAGUGUGGAAAGAGCUUCAGUCAGAGUGGCCACCUUACUUUGCAUCAAAGAUCUCACACAGGGGACAAACCUUAUAAAUGCUUGGAGUGUGGAAAGAGCUUUAGUCAGAGUAGCAACCUUACUUUGCAUCAAAGAUCUCACACAGGGGAAAAACCUUAUAAAUGCUUGGAGUGUGGAAAGUGCUUCAGUCGGAGUGACAAACUUAGUAUACAUGAAAGAACUCACACAGGGGACAAACCUUAUCAAUGCUUCGAGUGUGGAAAGUGCUUCAGUCGGAGUGACAGACUUAGUAUACAUGAAAGAAUUCACACAGGGAACAAACCUUAUCAAUGCUUCGAGUGUAGAAAAAGCUUCAGAAGGAGUAAUGCCCUUAAGGUGCAUCAAAGAAUUCACACAGGGGACAAACCUUAUAAAUGCUUGGAGUGUGGAAAGAGCUUUAGUCAGAGUAGCAACCUUUCUUCGCAUCAAAGAUCUCACACAGGGGACAAACCUUAUCAAUGCUUCAAGUGUGGAAAGAGCUUCCGUGACAGUAGAACCCUUACAGUACAUCAAAGAAGUCACACGGGGGACAAACCUUAUAAAUGCUUGGAGUGUGGAAAGAGCUUCUGUCAGAGUGGCCACCUUACUUUGCAUCACAGAACUCACACAGGGGACAAACCUUAUCAAUGCUUGGAAUGUGGAAAGAGCUUCAGUGACAAUAGCACCCUUACAGUGCAUAAAAGAAUUCACACAGGUGACAAACAAUAUAAAUGCUUAGAGUGUGGAAAGAGCUUCUGUCAGAGUGGCCAGCUUACUUCGCAUCAAAGAACUCACACAGGGGAGAAACCUUAUAGAUGCUUGGAGUGUGGAAAAAGCUUCAGUGAGAGAUACACCCUUAGUAUACAUGAAAGAAAUCACAGAGGGGACAAACCUUAUAAAUGCUUGGAGUGUGGAAAGAGCUUCAGUCACAGUAGCGCCCUUAUGAUGCAUCAAAGAAGUCACACAGGGGACAAACCUUAUCAAUGCUUGGAGUGUGGAAAGCGCUUCAGUCAGCGUUGCCACCUUACUUUGCAUCAAAGAACUCACACAGGAGACAAACCUUAUAAAUGCUUGGAGUGUGGAAAGAGCUUCAGUCACAGUAGCGCCCUUCUGAUGCAUCAAAGAAUUCACACAGGGGACAAACCUUAUCAAUGCUUCGAGUGUGGAAAAAGCUUCAGAUGGAGUAAUGCCCUUACAGUGCAUCAAAGAACUCACACAGGGGACAAACCUUAUCAAUGCUUGGAGUGUGGAAAGAGCUUCAGUCGCAGUAGCACCCUUACUUUGCAUCACAGAACGCAUACAGGGGACAAACCUUAUACAUGCUUGUAGUGUUGAAAGACCUUUCGUCAGAAUGGCUACCUUCAGGCGCAUCAAAGUAUCUGUACAAGGGAAGAGAUUUAUCAAUGCUUUGAAAAGUUUGUUUUUAUUUAUUUAUUAGAUUUAUUAGUGGCCCAUCUGGCUGGUUGUCCAGCCACUCACAACUUGUUGUCGUUGUUAUGCUCCUUCAAGUCGAUUACGACUUAUGUUGACCCUCAGAAUCAGUGACCCCCAAUAGCAUCUGUCAUGGACCACCCUGUUCAGAUCUUGGAAGUUCAGGUCUGUGGCUUCCUUUAUGGAAUCAAGCCAUCUCUUGUUUGGUCCUCCUCUUUUUCUCCUCCCUCCUGUUUUUCCCAGCAUUAUUAUCUUUUCUAAUGAAUCAUGUCUUCUCAUUAUGUGUCCAAAGUAUGAUAAUCUCAGUUUCAUCAUUUUAGCGUCUAGUGAUAGUUUUGGUUGAAUUUGUUCUAACACCCAAUGACUUUUUUUUUUUGCAGUCCAUGGUU